CGCGUGAAUCUACACCCCGCCUUGACCCCGCCUCGAUUGAGGCCCGACGAUGAAAUUCGAAUUGUUCACCUAACUUCCUCUUCUAGACCUACACGUGCACUUCAUUCACUCAUUCAUAUCUUUUGAACAUGCACAGUAAUCAUUUUCAACAUCCUGCUAUAUUCGAUGCACAGACUCGGGUUCAGCUUCAGCGACAUCCCGACUUAUGGUUCGACGACGGAAGCGUCGUUUGUCGUGCUCAAAACACACUUUUCCGUGUCCAUGUGUCCCAGCUUUCUCGACACUCAGUUUGCUUCCGAGACGUCUUCGUGGUAGGAACGUCAACGGAUCCCGCCACCUCGGCGUCAAUCGUCCACGAGGAUGGGUCGAACGCCUUCGAGGAUUGCCCCGUCGUCAUCCUGCAUGACUCAGCCGAAGACGUUGGUAACCUUUUCACAGCACUCUACGAUGGCCCAAAGUUCGGGAACAAUGAUCGGGAGGAUUUUCGAAUGGUAUCUGGCAUCCUUCGCCUUGCUACGAAAUAUAUAAUCGAAAAAUUACGCGAGAAAGCACUUGCUCAUUUGAGUAUAGCGUGGCCGUCGACAUUGAAGGGCUGGGACGCCAGGGAGGACGUGGCACGAACUUUCGAAAUGGAGACUGGGAACCCUGGAAGGCACUUCUAUCCGUCACCUAUCUCCGUGAUCAAUCUUGCCCGUCAGAUAGAUGCACUAUCCCUCCUCCCUGCCGCGUUUUAUGAUCUAUCACGGUACCCAUUCAGCCAGAUCUUCGAACAAGACGAAGACAACGGUCUCUAUGUUAAUCAACUAUCUGAUACAGAACCGUGUUCUUCAUCUUCCGCGUCCCAGUCCUCCCUCUCACUUCUAGAUACCCAACGUCUUUGCUUGGGCAAAGAGUCCGUACAACAUACGAUCACAUCCCUCAUACAGGCCAUGAGACUUAGUCAAACUAUACGUAAUACCACACAGUAUCAGACUGUUUUUUCACUCUCCCACCCUCUUGCCGUACCGAACACCGCCAACCCUUUCGCCAUAUCCCCCCACCCCCAUCGUUACCGCCGUUCCCCAUCUAGCUUCGUCUGCAUCUCUGCCGCGGCAUGCCGCAAAGAUUUCAACGAGCUCGUUGACCUUGCAACACAGCACUAUAUCUUUGAUCGAGAGCGUGGAUGCUGCGAUCCCCUGUAUGUCGCCGAAGAACUUGGCCAACUCAAAAGCUCUGAAUUCAGCAAUUUCGAAUCUCCCGAGUGCAAAGCUUGCGCAAGGAGUUUAGAAAUGUGGGCUGCAAAGGAGAGGGAGAGGAUGUGGAAGGGCAUGCCUUCCUGGUUCGGACUCUCACACAAUGUUGGCUCUACGUCCAGUGGCAGCGAGGAGACGAGGACUCCUCCCACGAUUGAUAUCAUCAUACACGGCCACCCAUGAAACAAUUUUUAUAGAUUGUGUACCUCAAGCUCUUUCACGUUUCAUGAUAUGCUGUUCAUUGCUUUUAUUCCCAUCCUAUAUUCUAUCUUGCCACGACCAUCAAUGUACCUCUGACGACCUCUGCUACAUUCCUCUCCCUCAUAUGCAAAUGUUGACUAGACAUCAGUUUGACCAUAUUUAUUUUAAAUGUGUAAAGUAAAGGACUUUGACGAACCUGCUUCUCGACCUAACCCUCAGACACUCACCCUUAAUUGUACGCCAGCUUCGCUCAAGGGAAAAGUCGAGUGGUAUAUCCUGACCGC